GGUGGCGUGCGGCGGCGCAGGCGCGGUGGGCGGCAGCGGGGGUUCGGCGCCGGCCGGUUCGCUGGGCCCGCCCCGCUACCCCCGGCCCCCGCCCGCCGCGCGCCCGCCAUGAGCCCGCGCCCGCCGGCCUGAGGCGCCGCCGGUGCCGGAGCGCUCCGCCAAGAUGGCGUGUGUGCUGGAGGCGCCGCUCCGCAUGAGCGUCCUCUCGGAGGUCACAGCCAGUAGCCGCCACUAUGUCGAUAGAUUGUUUGAUCUCGAUCCCCAAAAAGUCCUGCAAGGUGUCAUAGAUAUGAAAAAUGCUGUAAUUGGAAACAACAAACAAAAAGCCAACUUGAUUGUUUUGGGAGCAGUUCCAAGGUUGCUGUAUUUACUCCAGCAAGAGACCUCAAGCACGGAGCUGAGAACAGAAUGUGCAGUGGUCCUGGGCAGCCUUGCCAUGGGGACAGAGAACAAUGUCAAAUCCCUCCUAGACUGCCAUAUUAUCCCAGCCUUAUUGCAAGGAUUGCUCUCGCCAGAUUUGAAGUUUAUUGAAGCUUGCCUGCGAUGUCUCCGUACCAUUUUCAUCAGCCCUGUAACUCCAGAGGAUCUGCUGUACACAGAUGCUACAGUUAUCUCCCACCUCAUGGCACUGCUCAGUAGGUCUCGAUACACACAAGAAUACAUAUGUCAGAUCUUCUCCCACUGCUGCAAACUCCAACACUGGCAUAGCUGCGGCUUUAACUCAUUGCCUCAGCCACUUCUGUGUGCCAAUGGUCCAGAUCACCAGACAAUCUUAUUUAACCAUGGAGCUGUUCAGAACAUCGCACAUCUGUUGGUAUCCACCUCCUACAAAGUCCGAAUGCAGGCAUUGAAAUGCUUCUCAGUUCUAGCAUUUGAGAACCCCCAGGUAUCCAUGACUCUGGUCAAUGUUUCUGUUGAUGGAGAAUUGUUACCACAGAUUUUUGUGAAGAUGUUACAAAGGGACAAGCCCAUUGAAAUGCAGCUCACGUCAGCCAAAUGCCUUACUUCCAUGUGCAGAGCCGGAGCAAUACGGACGGACGAUCCCUGCAUCGUUCUGAAGACUCUGCCAUGCUUGGUUCGAAUGUGCAGUAAGGACAGACUGCUGGAGGAGCGGGUGGAGGGGGCAGAGACUCUGGCCUACCUGAUAGAGACCGACGUGGAGCUGCAGAGGAUGGCCAGCAUCAGCGACCACCUCAUCGUCAUGCUGGCCGACUACUUCAAGUACCCCAGCUCCGUCAGUGCCAUCACCGACAUCAAGAGGCUGGACCACGACCUGAAGCACGCCCACGAGCUGCGCCAGGCUGCCUUCAAGCUCUACGCGUCGCUGGGGGCUAACGACGAGGACAUCCGCAAAAAGAUCAUUGAGACUGAGAACAUGAUGGACCGUAUCGUUAACGGCCUGUCCGAGUCCAGCAUCAAGGUGCGCUUGGCUGCAGUCAGAUGUUUGCACAGUUUGUCCCGUUCUGUCCAGCAGCUCAGGACAAGUUUUCAGGAUCAUGCUGUAUGGAAGCCUUUAAUGAAGGUUUUACAGAAUGCUCCAAAUGAAAUUCUUGUAGUAGCAUCUUCCACGCUAUGCAAUCUUCUUUUGGAAUUCUCUCCAAGCAAGGAGCCUAUUUUAGAAUCAGGAGCCAUAGAACUUCUAUGUAGUUUAACCCAGAGUGAAAACCUUGCCUUGCGAGUGAACGGCAUUUGGGCUUUAAUGAAUAUGGCAUUUCAAGCGGAACAGAAGAUCAAGUCAGACAUCCUGCGAGGUCUGAGCACAGAGCAGUUGUUUCAGUUGCUUUCUGAUUCCGAUGUAAAUGUUCUGAUGAAAACCUUGGGACUGCUCAGGAAUCUUCUCUCCACUCGCCCACACAUAGACCACAUAAUGAGCACUCAUGGGAAGCAAAUCAUGCAAGCAGUGACCCUCAUUCUGGAAGGGGAGCACAAUAUAGAAGUCAAAGAGCAGACAUUGUGUAUCCUUGCCAAUAUAGCAGAUGGCACGACAGCAAAAGAACUGAUUAUGACCAAUGAUGACAUCCUGCAGAAAAUCAAAUACUACAUGAGUCAUUCAAAUGCUAAACUACAGCUUGCUGCCAUGUUCUGUAUAUCUAAUCUCAUAUGGAAUGAAGAGGAAGGUUCACAGGAGCGCCAGGACAAACUCCGAGACAUGGGAGUAGUAGAUAUUCUACACAAACUGAGUCAGUCCUCAGAUCCAAACCUGUGUGACAAGGCGAAGACAGCACUCCAGCAGUACCUUGCAUGAUCAAAGACUAAUUGAAUCUAUGGACACCCCUCAUGUCUACUUAAGGAAUAGCAGGAGAUACUCCUGACUCCUUAUAUUUGCACAAGUCACCUUGGGCUGCAUUUUUCUCAGGUGCAGGGAGCUGCUUUGCAGAAACAGUUCGAAUGAUCAGGUCUCCAGUGCACUUGAGAAUUUUCUUGAGGUAGUUUCUUUACUCAGAGGACUCGGGGUGGGGGGGUUGUUUUGGUUUUUUGGGUUUUUUUUCCUGAGCUACCUGGACUCUCAGAUAGAACAAUCAGUCAUCGUUUUCCUUUUGGGCCUCCAAUUCUCUGCUUUUGCUGCAGCCUUGUGUGGGUGCGUGGGUGCUUGAGUGCGUGUGUGUGCUGGGCUGAGUGUGUGGGUGUGAGACCUCACUUUUGGUUUUCCUUUUUUUUUGUGUGAAAAUCUUUUUCUACAGGUUUUCAAGGGUUAACCAUUGUUUGCUGUACGAAUACUUCAAUGAAUUAUAUACCGUUUGAAUGAAAUGUUAUUUAAAAAAAAAAACCAAACUGUUGUAUCCCAUAAAGUUUAUUUUGAAUUUUGAAGAGAUGAAUGUUUUUAAGUAAAAUAUAUGCAUUUCUGAACUUCAACUUAACUUACAUUAUACUUCGUUUUUAAAGAGAAAAAUAGAGGGAGACAAUAGACUCCAAAUUCCAAGCAGCACAUUCUGUACUGACAAGGUCCAAGAGUUCUCUGCCACAAUACAAGGUCACCUGGUAUCGAUGACAUGCUCAAAUCCAUGGAAUGGGCCAGCUGGAUUGGGUUUGGGUUUCUUUAUAUUUUUAGAAAACAAGCUUGUACUUCAGGUUAGCAUGACUGAUGCUUUUCAGAAAGAAGCAGGUGGCUGCAAGAUCAGCAGGACUAAGCUCUUGCUUUGCCAGCCAGGAACUUGCUCAGCUAAUUGCUGAAGGAUUGGCUUAUUCAUGGUCAGAAGGAUUUGCUGAUCACUGAUAUCAGUGGAGCAAACAGUGUGUUGCAGAAGUUAUACCUUCCAGAAGGGCUGGCAAGCAGGAUUAAGGGAUUGCUUUUGUUUUGCAUCCUUCAUCUUCACAAAUAGUUAAGUGACUUCCAAAUUAUUUCCACAAAUGAUCAACUGGGUGCAUUAAGUUGGGGAAGGGAUGGAAAAACUGCGGGUUCUGUCUUGUUUUAUACUCAGUAACAUUGCUCCAGAUUUUCUGUAUAUAUGCAGCUAUACACACAUGCAUGGAUUUAGAUUGCUGGAUAAUUGGUGGGGUGUGAUUGCAUCCAGAAGCCUGGACUGUCCAGAUGUUCCUGAAAUGGUGCCUGCAAGGGCAGGGGGAAACACGAGUGCAAGUGAAGGGGAUUGUCUGAGGUCAGGCUGGAAUGGCAGAGCCCAGUGGCUUCCCAGUCUCCUCAGGCAGUUCAGGGUUCUGACUCUCUGCCCAGGUCUGCUUUCUGGUUUCAGUUUAGACCAUAGUCCAUAGUCAGACUCUCCAGACACUGUAUUUACAUAGCACUAACAGGCACUAGAGUUUGCAGACAAUGUCUUAAACCAAAUCCUUCUUCUCUUACACUGAGCUUCAGGAAGGCUGCAGCAAGAAGAGAAGUCUGUAACUUUGCUAACCAAUUUUGAUAAUUAUCUAAAUCUUUUAUUUCUAAUCAGAAGGUCAAAUUGUGAUGACAGCCUUACUUUUUUUCCAAGGUAACUCUUUGUGUCAGAAAAUGUGACCACAGUUUGGCCUGGAAUUUGAAUGUGCUGUAUAUCAGAUAACUGUUAUCACUUGGUUGCAAAGGAGAAUAUCUGCAUUUCAUGUAACUUCUUCCACUCUCAAAGACAAAUAAAAGUGAGCACCUGACACUUUUCCCCCAGGCAUUGCAGUAAGUGACUGACAGUUUUUAAUGUCCUUCUGCACAUGUUUCAUGAUGGACUUUGGGGGUUGAACAAAAGGGAAAGUAAAAAUAUGUGAGAACUUGUUAAAUCUCAGUACCUUAAAAGCAAAGACUUGAUUAUAAAAUUCAAUCAAAUAUAUUUUUGCUUGAACUGAGAAAAAAGUUCUAAGGCAGGUAUUGUAAAUGCAAAACUGUCCAGUGGGCAUCUCCCUGCUCCAUUUGCACUCCUGUCUGUGUUUAAGAGCUCGAGUUCUUCUGUAUCUCUUCUCAUCCUUCCCCAACUCAUGUUUCUAAAAGCAAAUGUGAGUUUGAUUCUAUAGAACUUUGGUGCCUACAGGUGUUGAGAAAAAAGGUGAGUAAAAGUAUCUCUGUAUAAGUUUUGAGGUGGUUUCCUAAAAUUCUGCCAGAAAAACUAAAAACCAAUGCUCAGACAAUCUUGUUGCAUGAGAACAGUUGACAUUUUCAACAGGUAUAGAGAGGACAAACUGUUGGAUGAGAGCAUUUUUACAUUCAGUUAAACUUUGUGAAUAAUUUUUGAUGUUGCUAUAGGUAUGUACAAAAAGAAGAAUACUGUAAAUAAAAAGAACUUUACCAGAA